GGUUUCCGCACCCAAUUUUCCUGUCCUUCUAAAAUUAUUACAUAUACUCCUUCGCUUCAAACAUGCGCGGCGUUUCACAGCGACCGCGCUGCACGGCGCCACGGGUCCGCGAGGGGCCACAAUUCGCGUCGGCCUCCCGCGCUCUCCGCGUCCGAGCGGCUGCCAAUGCUCCUCAGCCGAACCAAGGAGGUGAAGCCCCACCAGCCCCACCCAGCCCCCUCAUCUCCCGCCGGCAGCUGCUCUCCCUGCCCGCCCCGCUGCUCCUGCUGGGGGCAGGCGCACUGCUGCAGCCGGCAGCGGCGCUGCUGCCCGCUCCUGCAGCCCCUGCGGCGCAUGCUGCUGCUGCUGCUGCUGCGGGUGGCAUCGGGGCGGGCAGCAGCGGACCGGUGCUUCCCUCGCCGGAGGUGAAGGCGGCGGUGGAUAAGGCCCUGGCGAAAGCCGUCACCAAGGGCAAGGCCGCUGUGGCCCUACGGCUGCCCUUCCACGACGCGGGCACCUUCAGCGGCUCGCAGGGCGGGGGCGGACUGAACGCCUCCGUGCGCUUCGAGCUGGACCGACCCGAGAACAUGGGGCUCAAGCGGGGCUGGAGGAUCGUGGAGCAGCUCCGAGGCGAUCUGCGCGGCACCCCCGCGGACGGCUGCGUCAGUGACGCCGACCUGGUCGCACUUGCUGGCGCAUUCGCGGUGCGACUGUGCGGCGGUCCCGACAUCGCGGUGCCCAUUGGGCGGCCGGUGGCGGCGGGCGCCGACCCGGCGGGUCGCAUGCCGGGCGAGACGUUCAGUGCGGAGCAGCUGAAGGCGGCGUUCGCGGACAAGGGGCUGAGCGUGCAGGAGAUGGUGGCGCUGUCAGGCGCCCACACCCUAGGCUCAAAGGGCUUCGGCGACCCAGUCCGCUUCGACAACGAGUACUACACCUCACUGCUGCGCCGCCCCUGGACCAACCCCGACGACCCCAUGGCCUCCAUGAUCGGGCUGCCCUCCGACCACGUGCUGCCGGACGACCCAGACUGCCUGCCGUACAUCCGGACCUACGCGGAGGACCAGGACGCCUUCUUCCGUGACUUUGCGGCGGCGUAUGUGAAGAUGUGUGCGCUGGGGGUGCCGGGCUGGGCGUGAGGAGGUGUGAGGCGGGAUAGGGUGGGAGAUGGAGAUGGUGGAACAACGGGAUCGCAUUUGGGUGCAAGGCAGUGGGAAGAGGAGGCGCAGCAGGAUGGCGGGGUGCUGACGCGAAGAUCAGGCUGCGGGCUUACAUUAGUCAGAUUGCAUGGUCAUAAGGUUUACUAUAUGCAUGGCAAAUUGGCAAUAUGCGGGGUAAGACGCAGAGUGGUGAUUAACAGCAUGCAAACGUCACAGCGUACAACGAAUGGUUAAUCGUGAAGGUGUGUUAGGGACACAAGCAGCGCACCCCAUCUCCCUACCCACCGCCUCCCUAGCCCCCAAAGCGCCCCGUCAACGUUAGUGGGACAUCUUGCGCUGGUUGGGUGUGCUGGUCCCUCUCUGCGAGCUGCAAUUGAAAGCUUCACCUGCCUUCGUUAAGCCUUAGGAGUUUGUAAGGAGUCGAGGAUGGGCCGUCACUGCGAUGUGGCCAUGUGGCCCUUUUGAAGGGCCGUUGGAAGUCGGUGUCAGGAAGUGCCAGCAGGGAGUGACAUGAAGUUACCUGGUUCGGCACAUUCGUGCUUCAGCAGGUAACGGGUGUGAAGGGUUUGUGCGUUGGCCACAACAAUCAAUGCGUGUCCGCCUCUCUAGUACUGUAAUGUGAGACGCGCUGUCA